AUGAGGGAGCUGAACCACAGAUCAGUGUUAUCAAAUAGAGCCAGCUUCAUUAUAUCACAAACAGUUUACGAUAGAAGGGCUCUUGAUAAUGUGGCAGACCUCCCACUAAUUAACUCGUUGAACCACUUGACGUUUCUGACGUCUAGCUCUGCUAAAGUUAGAGAGACAAUGUCAGAUGAUGGUGCAUUAGAACGGCUAGUAUCGAUAUUGCAUGAUUGCUAUUUAUCUUUGCAUGACUUGUGUUUGGGAUUACACGUUGGUUUUCGGAUGGGAACCGUGGAUUCUAUUGCAAGACAACGCAAAAUGGCAAUGGUUGCAUGGAAAUGGACACUAGCAUUUCAGUGCUUGGUCUUGACCGGUACAAGGGGUACGCAGGAUAUACGGAAGCAGGUUGCACAUAGUGGCGUGAUCCCGAUAAUAGCUACAGUGUUGGAUAACUAUAUGAUAUACCACAGGAAUUUUGAUUUCUUUAAGGAUGAGCCUAUUGAGUUCGACUUUAAAUCCAUUGUUAAUAGUGAUAUCUUUCAACUACAACCAGAGGAGAUGGAGAGUUUUUUCAGCAAGAUGGAUAAGUCGCAUCCAAACCUCCGCAUGUGUCUUAACAUGCAGAGGUUUAAAAUAUUGGUGGGGGAAGAUAUUCCCAGUUUAUGUGAUGACCCUGCUAGUGUUAGCACGCAUAACUGUGUGCCACCAGUUACUAGUUUAGAUACUGAUUUUCAAUCAUUAUGGGAAGGGACAUUAGGCAUAGUGGAUGACAGUAAAGAUCCACUUACGGACGUCGUAUUAUCAGUACCGCGGGAGUUCUUCCUAGGUCGUAUAAUCCCCAAGCUAGACGAUAUUACAUGGUCAGUGCAAUUAUUAGCCUUCCUAACUAAGUUUACGGCAACUAAACCAUACCUACAAAAGGUUUCAGUAGUAGAUUCCAUUUCUUUUAGACCAAUUCUUAGGAGAGCAAGGGAAAGAUACGCUCUAAUAGGAAAUUCUAUUCUGCAACUGGACUUUACUAAUUUAUCGCUAGUGGAUAAUGAAGAAUAUGCUAAGAACAAAAAGAAAAUGCCAAUUGUUAUAGACCCUUUGCUCGUGGAGAUUAAUGCGAUGUGUGAAGAAGGUAAUAAUAAUACUCAGACUGUGGCAUCUUCCAACUUCUCGAUGUUAGGUCUGGCAGAUUUUACUAAACUUAAAAAGGGCAACAUAAAUGAUGCCUGGAGGGCCUAUAGAAUGUAUGAUGAAGUCCAGAUGAAGAAGAAAUUUAAUUAUAAAUGGGAUUAUGAUAAAGUAUCCAAGGAAUUGGAUGAAGAAACAUGGAGUAUGAUUGUUAAUAAGGAAACUUUGAAUUUAUUUGCAUUGGUGGAAAGGUAUACAGUAAAGGUUGAAAAUGACGCCAAUAUUACUUAUUGGAGUUCGGUUGUAAUGAGGAAUUCAUGUCGUAAGCACGAAGCCACGGGUGUUAGGCAAUGUGCAAAUUUCUUCUGCGGAAAAUGGGAAGAGCAUCCAAAACAAUUCCCAAAAUGUAGGCGUUGUAAGAGGACAAAAUAUUGCAGCUGCGAAUGCCAGUUGCAGUCGUGGGCAUAUCAUCGUUAUUGGUGUCAUGACGUAGGGUCAGUUUUCACUGGCGCAUCUUCGAUUGCAAACAAUACCGGCACGCACACACCGAAUGCCGUUAGUCAAUCCGCCGGCACGACAACUACUACGACUACCGCUGCAACAGAAGUCGACCAAUCCAUCCUAAUGACAGCAAGAGGCAAUGUGGUUGACCCUCAAGGAAUCGCUAGCCAGUCAACUGGGGAAUUUGUCGAUACUUCUGAAAAUCCAGCCAUUGGUGGUUCGUGA